AUGAAGUGCAUAAAAAUUUAUGGGAUAAUAGUGAUAAUUGUUUUGGCGCAAAUACUAAAUGCGUCGGCAACUCUACCAUUGACUAAAACUAACGAGACUAAGGAAAGCAAAACAUCUAAAUUGAAGGAAUCAGAUAAACCAAAUAAUGAACCCAAACCUAUUACAAAAGUUGAAGGAAAAAAGUUAAAUAUUCCCAGCACACCGAAAGUCGGACAACCAAAAAAAUUAGCUGUGGAACCGAAAUUGCCAGUACAACCUAAAUCAUCGGAACCAAAAACCAUAAAAUCCAGUAUCGGUUUACGUGCAUCCCAAGCAAAUAAUGCUGGCAAAGAUACAAACACGCAGAAACCAGAAAACAACGCCAAGGCAAGAUUGGAAAAUGCAAUCGCUCAACGAAAGAUCAACUCCAAGCCAAAUCCAAAACCUGAACAUCUACUACGAGAAUCAAAGGUAGUAGAAAUGAUCGAUAAAAAACUAUCCCCUAUUAUGAAUAUGUUAACGCAAAUCAGUAAAGAUGUGAGCAAAAGCGCCCAAAUGCAAAAGACACCAACGCCAAACAGCCGAAAACCAAACAUAGUACAACCAAAUGCAAUGAUGACCAGGCAAUUCCAACCAGAUAGUUUGGAAAGAGCAGAAACUAUUCACAGAGGCGUAAAACAUAUAAAAAAUUUCAUGAAUAUUCUUGAGGAAGUUGAUUCUUUUCUUUCAUCUAAAGCUCGAUCAGCUCUCAAACAAUUAGCUUAUGUAUAUGAAGGUGACCGAGGACUUAAAAAACCUGGCAAAUUAACACUCAAAGACAAACUUCAUCGACUGAAAGGAACCUUAUUAUAA